AUGAGUCGAACUUCGUUAUUCAUUUCUCCAAUAAUUCCACAUCGUGCUAAAUUAAAUGAUACGAUGAAUAUGAGCAAUUCAAAUAAUGAACCAACUUCUCCUAAAUCAUUAACAGAGACAAGUAAGAAGAGAAGUAAAGUAUCUAGAGCAUGUGAUCAAUGUCACAAGAGAAGGAUAAGAUGUAAUUAUAACAAAGUGACAAAUAUGUGUGCUGGUUGUAAGCGGAUCGGAGAACAUUGUCUUUUCACAAGAAUCCCAUUGAAAAGAGGUCCUGUCAAAGGUUAUACAAAAUCAAGAAGAAAUAGUAGCUUAAGUAGUGAUGGAUCAUCAUCAGCUUUCAACACGAUUAACCAAUUAUCGAGAGUCAUAUCUCUAAAUGAUUCAAUUCAAUUACCACCAUUGAAUGUUACCAAUAAACUGACCACACAACAACCGUUAUCAUAUCCCGUUAUACAACAACUGCCAACUGCCCAGGUAAGUGUUAUUCAGCAACAGCAACAGCAACAGCAACAGCAACAGCAACAGCAACAGCAACAGCAACAGCAACAGCAACAGCAACAGCAACAACCUUUCUGGAAAGUUCCUUAUCGUGAUAUUACUUCCCAAUAUAGAGAUUCGACUUUGAAUAAUAACAAUAAUAAGAUUAUUAUACCAAGUGAAAAACAACUUUAUCCAAUGGAACAAAAUUAUCCAAUAAGUAAUGGUAAUUAUAAUACUAAUUAUAAUGUUAUGAGGCAACAAAGUUUAGGGACUAAUAUCAAUUCGUAUAGCAAUAGUUUACAACAACAACAACAACAACAACAAAUUAAGAGUGAUCAUUACCAAAAUGCAAUCCCAAGAAAAUUAUCCUCUAAUAUAUCACCAAGAACUGGGUCAUCUCCAUCUUCUGCAUCAUCUUCAUCAAAUUCUCCAACUUCUGCAACAAUAUAUCCAUGUUUUGGAAAAGAUCAACAAUUAUUAUUAUUAUCUUCUUCUUCUCCAUCUUCAACUAUUUAUCCGUAUUCUCAAUUUAAUAAAAGGAAAGAAAAUAAUAAUAUACCUAAAAAGGCAGCAACUAGAGUAACUAGAUCCUCAUUACCAAAUGCGAUUGUCUCCACGUCAUAUGAACCAACAAGCAAUAAUAAAUUAGUGAUAGCAAAUGAAAAAGAAGAAAUAUCCAAAACGUUGAGUAAGGAAAGAUUAAUCACACAACGGCAGCAAGAAUUGAGCCAUAACGGUAACGAUAGUAUGAAUAACAAUUCGAACUCGAACUCGAAUCCAGAACGUUUGAUUAAUGAGUAUUACAAAUUAAUUCAUAUUGAAUUACCAAUCAUACCAAUGAACGAAUCCACUUUUAAAUCCAUGAUAUUACCACAUCUUCUUAAAACUGCGUCCUCUUCAUCCUCUUCUGUAUUGAAUGUUGCAAGGACGAUCAAUGAAUGUUUUAUAAGUUCAUUAGAAUUAUUAUUAUCUCACACGGAACAUGAUGAUAUGAUAAAAUACAUGAUGAAUAUAUUUGAAAAAUUAUUACAAAUCUACCCUAAUGUAUCAUCGUCAUCAUCAUCAUCGUCAUCAUCGUCAUCAUCAUCAUCAUCAUCAUCAUCAUCAUCAUCAUCAUCAUUAUGUGGUGAUGAUGAAGAUGAUGAAUUGUCGUGGGUUAAUAAAUUAUUAUUUGUAAAUAGUUUAAUCAUUUUGAAUUAUUUGAAUAUGUUGAUAGGAUUCAUUAGUACGAUAUUAUUAGGGAUGAGUUUAAGUUUAUUCAAUGGGUUGAAAUUAAAUCAUCAUCAUCAUCAUCAUCAUCAUCAUGGUCAUGGUGUUGUUGACAAGGACGGAAUGGGGAAAAAAAUACAAUAUGAUAAAAUAAUGAAACGUUGUUAUGUUUUAAUUAUAUUUUUCGAUUGUUUACAAUGUUUUGAUGAUGUUGAUAUAUGUAAAUUUUCCAAUCAUAAAAUUUCAAAAGAUGUCAUUAUGAAUGUAUUCAUUGAUGAUGAUAAUGAUGAUUUGACUGAAGGGGUGUCUCUGUUGAAUGAUAAAUUACGAUUAUUUUGUUUAAUUAAUGAUAUAACGAAUGAAAGAAACAAGAGUAUGUUAUUAUUUGGAUCCAUAUUGGAUGAUCAAGAGAAUCGCAUUUGGUUACCGGAUUUCGAACAUAAUAAUGAUGAUGAUAAUAAUAAAGAAGAAGAAAGAGAAGGAGAAAAGGGAAAGAACAAUGUUAUUGAAUAUUUCCAAAAUGUUCUUAUUAUUAAACAAUAUUUAAUGAAAUCGUUACUAUCAUUAAAGGAAAAUAGUUUUGAUUCCCGAGGUCAAAAUAAUAAAAAAUUUAAAGAUAUAUCAAGUAAGUUAUGUUCAAUAAUUUCUCAAAUUGUUAAAAUAUUACAAAUUUAUGAAGGUGAUAUUAUUGCCAAAGGGAGAAAAAUAAACGAUAAUACUAGGAAAUAUUUUUUCUUCCGUCAUUUAAUUAUUCAAGAAAUAAUUAAAUUGAUUGAUUCAAUAAAAUAUAUGCCAUCAGUUUUAAUUAGUAAAUUACUAAUGAAAGAUGGGAACCGCCAAGGAAUUGAUGAUGAUGAUGAUGCUGAUCAAGAAAAAGAAGAACAUAAUUCUAUAAUUGUGAAAUUGUCUAACUCUAUGAAUGAUAUGGUUCAAAUCACUGCUUUUUUAAGCGACAAAAUAUAUCAAGACGAAUGGAUUGGAAAGGGAAGGGGGAAAGAUACGAAAAAACAAGAGAAUAAUGAUAUUGUAAAAGCUGUUGAUGAUAUAAGUAGGUUCAUCAAUACUGGAAUGGAAUUAUCAAGGUAA